AUGGAGCUUCAACUUGGUCUCACUCUCUCAAACAAUUCCUCUAAGGUAUUUGACCUCAACUCUCGUGCCCGCGACUCUAUCAUCCCUUUCAAACAAAAUUCCAGUGUUUCCCACAAGAAACGUACCUUCUCCCAACUCCAUAAGGAUGAAAUCCUUCCUACUCUGUCCCUCCUACCUUCAACACCAGAUCAUCAUGAAAAUGAUCCUCAUCACCACAUUCAAUGCUCAAACAUCAUCAAGAACAAUGAAGAGGAUGUAGUGGGUUGGCCACCAGUGAACUAUUGGAGGAAAAAACUUUGUGUCGAUGGCUGCGGAGACAACAACGAGGUUGUAGGAAAUAACGAUCACAUGGUAUGGGCUGAUCACUGUAAUGACCAUGGUGCUUCUGUCAUAAGAGGAUCCAAUUCUUUAUACGUGAAGGUGAAGAUGGAGGGCGUGGGAAUCGCACGGAAGGUCGAUCUCUGCAUGCACCAAUCAUUUCAUACUCUCAUGAAAACCUUAAUGGAUAUGUUUGGAAAAUGUAAUCAAGAAUCAAACUGCUAUGAACUGGCUUAUCAGGACAAUGAAGGUGACUGGCUUCUCGCACAAGAUGUACCGUGGAGAAAUUUCAUUGGAUGUGCACAGCGACUGAGAUUGCUGAAGACCAGCACAUGA